AUGACCUUAGACACAGACCUUACACCUUACACCUUUCCCACUGGCUGCUCUGAAAAGCCAUCAUUCCCGAGUGUGGCUUCCCCUUCACUGCAGCCACCUCUGCUGGGCACCUCCUCCGCCACCGAGGACUCUGGCAGCUUUAUUGCCAGAGUCCUGGAACCCUCGCUCUCUUUUGAAUCCAGUGCAUCGGAUCAGCGAGUGCCCCACCAGAUCGCCGCGGUGGACACCAGCUCCAAGAUCACCACCAAGGACUUAAAGGAGAAGAAGGAAGUGGUGGAGGAGGUGGAAGAUGGGGGAGAUGCACCUGCUAACGGGGACACUGAGAUUGAGGAAGGUGGGGAGCAGGAGGCUGACAAUGAGGUGGAAGAAGAGGAAGAUGUAAGGAAGGAGGAGAAGGAAGGCGACGGUGAGGAAGAGAAUGGAGAAGAAGAUGAGGAAGCCCAGGCAGCUGAAGAUGAGGAGGAGGAUGCCGACACCAAGAAGCAGAAGACCAAUGAGGAUGACUACACAGCAAAAAAGGAAAAGUUACACUUAACAAAACUUAACCUAUACACCCUUCGCUUCCCGUCUCAGACUCUAAAUGUGGUCACCUUCGAGGGGACAGUCCUGCCGGCUGCCCCAUGUGGGCAGCACCACCCCGCAGGAGAUGCGGCUGAGGGGGCCAUGGACCUGGAGAAGCCUCAGGGUGAUACAGGAGGACAGGAUGAGCUUUGUGGCUCUGGCUGCCCAAGAACAGAAGCAGCUGACAAGAAACGAAAGAACAAUGAAUAUCAGCAGAAGUGA